GGCGAUGUCCCUUCAUAUAUCCGUCAGGCUUUGUUCUGCUCUCCUUCGAUGGACUUGCAUUCCUCCACGCUUCUUCUCAAACGCUGUCCCCGCUCUGAGUUGCCAGGACACGUUCACGCAAACUUCCCAGGCUUCUGACUGGCCAAACCCUAUCCACUCCUCGUCGCGCCUCACCCUACACAAGUCCGUUUUCAAGGCCUAUGUCUCGAGUCUUCCUCCAUUAUUUCUAUGCCAACAUCAUGGCGAAGCUCAAGGGCUAUCCUCGACCCCGGUCAAUUCAUUUGCAAGUGCCAGUGCAGUGGAGGUGACGCGAAGACUAGACCGCUUCUUCGAGGAGCUCGAACGUACCAACUCGCAGGCAAAGCGUGCAUCACAUUGCAUGUACGCAUGGCGCAUUACGGUGCCUAAAGCUAUAUCUGGGCCGCCUCCAGAAUCAGGACCACGUCCAAAGCCAAAGCGAGUGCCCGCGUCUUCAAAUUUACCUUCGGCGAUCACGUCUCCUCGUGAACAAGUGGUCUCUGGCUCAGUAUCCGGCGGUGAGUCUGGUGCAGGAGAAAGGCUGGAACGCUUGCUUGAGCUCUCGCCGGACUGUAAAGGGCGAGAUGUCGUCCUCGUCGUUUACCGGUGGUACGGAGGGGUGAAGCUAGGGAGCGACCGCUGGAAGUGCAUCUCAAUGGUGGCAAAGGAGGCUCUAGGGGUUGCCUCGGGAAUGGCAUGGAGGUAAUUGCUGGCGGCGGGAGACGGACAUGGCAUUCGCCGAGACGUCGUAGUGGAGACCCCAAGGUAUGUCACCAUGCGUUGGAUGGGACAUGCCGCUGAGCUAGAUUAUCGUAAAAUAUCGGAUUCAGCUUACUGCUGUCACAUCUUCCACCAUAAAUCUGAAGGUUUAGGCUUCUCUUGUCCGAGGCUGCAUCGUGAGUACUUUCCACUACUCGAGCCGGGACCCUUGCCCGUGCCCCCGCGUAUCAUAGUGCGUUUCAUACGACAUGUCUCGGGCAGAGUUUAGCUCAUUCUUGUUCAGGCCAAGCCAACCAUGGGAUGUCAGGAUUGCCAGCGAUCCCGUAGCCCCGCCGUCGAAUGUCACGACUAUGAGCCUUGACCGUCAUCGUAUAUGGCUAUUGUCUAACUGCCCUGCCGCUCACAUGAACUCCAAGGCGUCUCACCGGGUCGUGCCGGCUUGCGUAGAGCCAGCAGUUCGUGCGCCGACAAUCUGCUCUCGUAUGCAUGUGAUGACGACAGUCUGAAGGGUAUUCCCGACAUCAAUUGCCCGGUUUCGCCCAAGCCUCUGUUACCGAACAUGGGGUAUGCUGCGAGCAUCUCAUACUACACUAACACUCAGGUGUGCAUCUUGCCCUUCUGCUGCAGACUAUGUAGUAUGCUGAUUUAAGCAACAGAUGAUGGGACUUAUGAAUGGGAAGGAACGCACGCUGAAGCAGACGAAAGAGCUCAUGGUGAAGGACGCCUGGUAAGCGCCUGCGCCGCUAGCAGUGCCUUCGUGUUUCGCCCACUCGUCACACUAUUCAUCUGGCUGUCGGAGUACAAGACGGUGAUCUUGAUGAGCCUGAGAGACUCGAAGCGCAGGUGUCCGCUCAGCCCGUAGGGUGUGCUGAUCACAGACUUGACUCGUAAUGCACACUCUGCGCUGAAGGACAGGCUAAGUACAGGGCACUCAUAUCCAUAAACAAAGCGAACAUACAUGUAUAAAUGCUGCCCUAAUAUGACCGCUAUGCAAGGUUCUCCGUACGCUCCAUAUCCCCCGCGGGCCGGGCUGUCGAGCAUACCUGGGCCAUGUUGCUGUGGUCCAUGCGGAUGUUGAUGGGAUGGUCCAUCGAGACGGCCCAUAAAGAGGGUGGGCAAUGCAUCUCGGCCAGUCUGUACAUCUUGUACGAGCCCAAGUCAGGGCUUCUGAAGAGCCAAAAAAGGGACAAAGCCGGGAUGUGGCUGUGAGCGUGAUAGAGCAACAAAAAAGCGAGCUCUUGCAUUGUAUCUUCACAUCUCUGUCAACCCUGCAAUC